GGCAAGCAUGAGUGAAUGGAUGAAGAAAAGUCCUCUCGAAUGGCAAGAUUAUAUUUACAAAGAAGUCAAGUUGACAGCCAGUGAGAAGAAGGAAUAUAAAGGAUGGGUUUUAACCAUAGACCCCGUCUCUGCUAGUGUUGUCCUCGUUAACUUCCUUGAAGAUGGCAGCCUGUCUGUGACUGGAGUGAUGGGACAUGCUGUACAAACUGUUGAAAUUGUGAAUGAUGUGGACCAGAGAAUAAGAGAGAAGCUGACACAUUUGUUCACAUCUGGAGACUGCCAAGCUUACAGCCCUGAGGAUCUGGAAAAGAGAAGAGACAGCCUAAAGGCGUGGUUGAAGAAGAACCACAUCCCUGUCACUGAGCAGGGAGAAUCACAGAGGACUAUCUGUGUGGCUCGUGUCCUGACGAUAGAGCCACCAUAUGGUCCGGAGAAUUGCAUCAGUUCUAAUGAGAUUAUUCUGUCCCGGGUUCAGGAUCUUAUUCAAGGACAUCUUACAGCUUCUCAGUCAGACACCAGAAAUUGUGAAUGGAAUGAAAUGAAAUAA